AUGCUCCCGUGGGACCUCCCCAGUCCCUCCCGCCAGGCUCAGGAGACUCGUCCGGCAUCUGCCACUGUCCCUCUGAUGUGUGCUCGUGGGGGGCCAGGGGUGGGGGUGACACCGGCACGGCUGGGAGGCCGGUUGACCCGGGGAGAACGUGGCAGGACACAGGCGCUCCCUGGGCCACCCUCCUCGGGGCACGCGGUCCUGUCGCUGUCCCUGCCCGGAUCUGGGUCCCGGCUCCCUGGGGACAGCAGCCGGGGUGUCCCAGGGCAGCGGUGGGAUUAUUUAUGCAAACCUGAGGACAACAUUUACAACAUUGACUUCACCAGGUUUAAGAUCCGGGACCUUGAAACUGGCACAGUGCUGUUUGAAAUUGCAAAGCCAUCUGCUUCAGAGCAAGAUGACGAGGACGAAGACGACAACAGUGAACUGGACGCUAGUGCAGGCCGCUUUGUUCGUUACCAGUUCACCCCAGCAUUUCUCCGUCUUCGGACUGUUGGUGCAACAGUGGAAUUCACAGUGGGAGAAAAGCCAGUGUCAAACUUUCGAAUGAUUGAGAGACAUUACUUCCGAGAUCGCUUGCUGAAGAACUUUGACUUUGAUUUUGGCUUCUGCAUCCCCAGUAGCAGGAACACAUGUGAACACAUUUAUGAAUUCCCUCAGCUCUCAGAAGACCUUACGCUGGCCUUUGGGUGCCUCCGCCGGCUGCACACGGUGUACCAGACAGCGGAGCUGCCAGAAACCCACCAGAUGCUGCGUCAGACGUGCCGGGACUUCGCAGAAAAGGAGCUGAUGCCUCUCGCAGCUCGGCUGGAUAAGGAGCACCGCUUCCCGGCCGAGCAGGUGAAGAAGAUGGGUGGCUUAGGGCUGCUGGCUAUGGAUGUGCCGGAGGAGUACAAAGGAGCAGGCCUCGACUACCUGGCCUAUUCCAUUGCUGUGGAGGAGAUCAGCAGGGGCUGUGCAUCCACGGGCGUCAUUGUCAGCGUCAAUAAUUCUCUGUAUUUAGGGCCAAUACUCAAGUUUGGCUCCGAAGAACAGAAGCACAAGUGGAUUGCUCCCUUCACUGGCGGAGAGAAAAUCGGCUGUUUUGCCCUUAGUGAACCAGGAAACGGCAGUGACGCAGGUGCGGCAUCCACAGUGGCACGCCUGGAUGGUGACGAGUGGGUUCUGAAUGGCACCAAGGCCUGGAUCACCAACGCCUGGGACGCCUCGGCCACCGUGGUGUUUGCUACUACGGAUAAAUCCCUGAAGCACAAGGGCAUUAGCGCAUUCCUGGUUCCCAUGCCAACUGCUGGGCUGUCACUGGGGAAGAAAGAAGACAAGCUGGGAAUCCGGGCCUCUUCCACUGCCAACCUGAUAUUUGAGGACUGUCGGAUACCCAAGGCCAACCUACUGGGGCAGCUGGGAAUGGGCUUCAAAAUCGCCAUGCAAACUCUGGAUGCAGGAAGGAUUGGUAUCGCCUCACAGGCUCUUGGAAUAGCACAGGCAGCUCUGGACUGUGCUGUGGAUUAUGCUGAAAAGAGAAUGGCCUUUGGGGCGCCCAUCACAAAGCUACAGGCAGUGCAGUUUAAGCUAGCAGAUAUGGCUGUGGCCUUGGAGGGCGCGCGCUUGCUGACCUGGAGAGCCGCUAUGCUGAAAGACAAUGGGAAGCCCUUCACAAAGGAAGCAGCGAUGGCCAAGUUGGCUGCAUCAGAAGCUGCAACAGCCAUCGCUCAUCAGGCCAUCCAGAUCUUAGGUGGGAUGGGCUACGUGACAGAGAUGCCAGCAGAACGCCAUUACCGUGACGCUCGUAUCACCGAGAUCUAUGAGGGGACCAGUGAGAUCCAAAGACUGGUGAUAGCAGGGCAACUGCUGAAGGCCUACCGUAGCUGAAGAAGCUGACUAGAGCGAGACACUUCCCCAAAGUGCCUUGUAACGGUGCAUAACAGUGAUCAAGUCUUGGCCCUCUUGAACAAGGCUAACGAUGGACGUUUUCCUCACCAAUGAGUAACUGACCCUCUUGUUAAAAUGUGCUGCUUCUUCUUUGGACAAAGUAUGGCGCACGGAAGGCCAUAUCUAGGUUUGUAAGUGAUGGCUGUGAGUGCAGGAGGGAGGAGGCAACCUGUCCUUGUAGGGGAGUGUAGGGCUUUUCCUGAACCAGAGUGUUGGUUUGGUUUGGUAGUGGCGAAAUGACUUUGCUGUUCAGCAAAGUCAGCAGCUCUCCCUGCGUGCUUCCUAGCCACUGCCUGUUUUGCAAGGAUUUGUCACUACGUGGUACUUGAUGACCAGUGCCAAAGUUAGAGGCACUGAGAGACGUGACCCCUGGGCCCUGUUCCAGGCUGCAGGUUACAUUGCCUCUUCUGAUCAGGGUUUGAUGAAUUUUAGGUGUGGGAUGCAGCUAUGUGUGAGCUCCUAAUGGAAUACUGGCUGUGCUGAGGUAAUCCUUGCAGCAGUACACUGUUCCCGGAAAGGAGCCAUACGGGAGCACACAGGUACUACCUACGCACAAAGGGCUCUUCGGACAGCCUGUGGUUGCUGUCUAUGUAGAUGUAAAAACAAAGGUCAGAAAAAAAAAACACACCUCGAUCUCGCCCAGCAGCCUGCUCACUCAGCCUGCUCACUCAGCCACUUACAGGUGCAGGUGUAAAAGCAAAGGACAGAAAAGCUGCAAUGCCUGAGACUGAUUUAAAAAAAAAACAAAAACCCAACACCAAAAAAAACUCUGCUCCCAAAGCUGCUUUUACUGUACCAACAACUACCCAACAGGAAAGAAAGUGCACGAAGUGACAGUAACAGCUUUUAAUCUCUACUUUUUUUUGAGCAACAACAAGGAAGUGAACAGAUGACACAGAAAAUCUUACCAGGAAGCUUUAGCCAUAGCACAUAUCCUCAAUCAGUUAUCUUUGGCAAGAAAUUAACUUUCAGAAGAUUCAACAGCCAAAAGAAAAGCACUAAACUCAGGAAAAGAUGGAGAGGAUUAAGACUACAGCUGGCAUGGGCUGAUCCCUUGUCCAAACGACGAGUACACUAGAGGGAGAUGGUUAUUUUCCUGUGGUGCCAUUUAUUUAGAUUUGUGUGGAGAGAAAAACGGGGAUUCUAUUACACAUAAGAGAGCAGAGAAGACAAAUAAAACCUGAUUUUAAAGGAC